AUGGUGCCACCGAUGAAGGAGAAGUUCGACAAAUAUUGGGACGAAGUCAGUGGUGUUUUUGCAAUGGCAGCAGUCUUCGAUCCACGGUUUAAGCUUUCUAUUGUCGAAUGUUGUUUAGGGAAGCUUGAAAUGAGUACUCGUGAUGCAAAGGUGAAGAAUCUGCGUAAGAAGCUGAGUAUUCUGUUUGAGUCAUACGACAAAAAAUCCAAGAAUAACUCAACUUCCACUGAGCCUCGUGGGACUGCUUCGCAAAAAGCAUCCGACUCAGGGUCAAUGGGGCUGUUUAUGAACUACAAUGAUUUCUUUGCAUUUCGCCAAACGAGUGGCAUUGUGAGUGGAAAGACACCUCUAGAAGCUUAUCUUGAAGAACCACAUUUGGACUUUACUAAUUUCCAGAGCUUGGACAUCCUCGAUUGGUGGAAAGAUAAUGCACAUCGGUAUGGUGAUUUGGCUGCAAUGGCAUGUGAUCUGCUAAGUAUUCCAAUCGCAACAGUGGCUUCAGAGUCUUCCUUCAGUAUUGGAUCGCGAGUUCUGAAUAAAUAUAGAAGCUGUCUACUCUCAAAAAAUGUGCAAGCUCUCAUAUGCACUAGGAAUUGGAUCAAGGGAUACGAAUCUUAUGCACAUGAUGAAGAAGUCGAUGGUGAUGGUGAAGAAGAGAAUUUACCAUCAUUUGAGUCCAUUGUUGAUGGGGAAGGUGAAGAUGAGUAG